CUUGUUUCCAGUCUUAACGGAGUCACAGUCCACCGGCUGCGCUCAGGCUGACACGUACGACGGCCGUGAGGAUCCGGAUCGUCCGUUCCAGCCGAUCAAACCACUUGGAGACAACUUAACAGUUGUUUAAAGUACUUUGGAGGACUUUUGUUAUCAGGCGGUUCAAGUUUUGAGUUGCUCGCGGUUCGCCACCAAGUGAGACGGGUGGACAGUCUGCAAGAGGAAAGAGGAGGAGGAGGAGGUGGAAGAAGAGGAGGGGGCCAGUGCCCACCGGCUAUCAGAGCCGAGAUCGACUAUUUGAAAAGCAGACAGACGGCGGUUUGUUCGCGACAAAGUUGACACACGCAAAGACGCUCGAGGAGGACUUUCAACCAAACCCUGCAACGGAAAAAGUUCGAACUGGAGUCCGGAUAAGUUUUUUUCCCCCUCUGUCAGGACCGCUAGUGGACGGACUGUAAGUCAUACUUCUAUUUGGAGUUCAUACUUUUUUCUGGACUUUUUAUUUUUUUAAAUAACUUUUUCCUGAAAUCUCCAAAAUGGAUAAAUACGAGGAUUUAGGACUGGAGGCAAGUAAGUUUAUAGAGGAUUUAAACAUGUAUGAAGCAUCCAGAGAUGGUUUAUUUAGGACGAGGAGGGAUGCAGGAAAUAAUCCUGAUUUUGAGGAGACCAGAAGAGUUUUUGCUUCUAAAAUGACUAAAAUACACAUGCAGAAACACCAAGAGGAAAUGGCAAGAAACAACCAAGCCAUAAGAAUGAAUGGAGGUCUCAACAAUGCACAUUACACAAAAGACAGGCCACCCAUUAGUAGCUCCAGGCAGCCAGGUGAAGCUGCUGCAAAACCUCCAAUACUAUCUGGUCCUUUAUCAUCUGGAGGUCAUUCAUCACAGUUUGACGGUCAGAAGAACCACACAGCCCUUCAUUCUGAGCCUCCAGCCAGCAGGGCUUAUGGCUACGGAAACAAUUACGAUAAUGAGGAGCGCGCAGACCUACAUUUGUACCAGAACUCCACCCCUGCCGAUCUGAGCCCAGGAAAUGCUUUUCACGGUGCACCCAUGCACGCUCGUCAUCCGGCUCCGUGGGCCUCAUCCAGAGAGUGCCACAAUCCCCAAUCUUUGUCCGAGAGCAGUGUUGCAUCUCCUGCCAUGAUCAGUCCUCCACCACUCCAGAACCCGGAUGCCCCUUUCUCAUCCAACAGGAGUCCAACUUCCUCUACUUUUCCCAAAGAAAAACCAGACCGCAUUCCUUCAAUGCCUCUGAGUGCCUUCACAGGAGGAACCAAUUUCCACGUACCUUCCACACAGUCUGCAGCUCAUUAUGCACCAUCUUCUCCGACUUCAAAAAUGUCUUCCAGUAAGAAUGGCCCUGCUGUGGCUUCCUCUCAAGUGUCUUCUGAAGCACCUCAAACCAAAAUCCAGGUCACUUCUGCUACCAUAAACCCUGGCAAUGUCUCCAAAAGCUUCAGUCAGAGUCAAGAUCAGAGUCAGAUACCAAGUUUUGGGAAGGCCAUUGGUGCUGAAGCGUCUUCCUUUAAGCCUGUCCAGCCGCCACCGGAACAGGGCCCGUCAACUGCUGAAGUCAAAUUAGAGGCCCUCACAAAUCGUCUGGAAAAGGAGAUGACUACUCAACCAAAAGCUGACUACUUUGGAGUCUGCAUUAAGUGCAACAAGGCCGUGUAUGGCGCCAACCAGGCUUGUCAGGCAAUGGGUAGCCUCUACCAUGACAACUGCUUCACCUGCAGUGCCUGCAGUCGAAGGCUGAGAGGAAAAGCUUUCUACUAUGUUGGAGGAAGGGUUUUUUGUGAAGAGGACUUUCUGUACUCAGGUUUCCAGCAGUCAGCUGACAAGUGCAAUGCAUGCGGUCACCUGAUCAUGGACAUGAUCCUGCAGGCUCUCGGGAGGUCGUACCACCCGGGCUGCUUCCGCUGUGUUAUCUGUAAUGAGAGUCUCGACGGCGUGCCCUUUACUGUGGACACUGAAAAUAAGAUCUACUGUGUUAAAGACUACCACAGGGUGCUGGCUCCCAAAUGUGCCUCAUGCAAACAGCCCAUCCUUCCAUCUGAGCAGGGCUCCGAUGAGACCGUACGUGUCGUUUCCAUGGACAAAGACUAUCAUGUGGAAUGCUAUCACUGCGAGGACUGUAAGAUGGAGCUGAAUGACGAGGAGGGACACCGCUGCUAUCCUCUGAAUGGCCAUCUUCUCUGCCACGCCUGUCACUUGAAGCAUAUUGAGCCAGGCAGCUCCUCAUCCUUGGCCAGCAGCGCCUCCUAUUAACGCCAGUGUGGGUGAAGGGAGACACCCGGUGGACGUUUUGGUGGAACUGUCACGGUGGAGCAUGAUCACAAUUCUUGUUGUAGAGGAUUGGUUGGAGGUCUCACUUCACGGAUUCAUAAAAGCUGUUAUGAAUUAAAAAAAAAAAAAUCCAGUGCCCUUACAAUGAAGACAAACAGUACGCCAAAGCUUUAUUUGAAUGCAGUACUAAAUUCGUCACUUGGCAAAAUGCCUUAAACUUCACUUUCACGCUUCUGCUUUGGUUUUACACAUCUACUCUAACACGCAAUACAUCGUGACUUGAAUAUCACAAGUGAAGGAGCAAAGAAGUCUUCUAGUUUACUGCUUAUUGCUGGUUCAAUGGGUUACAUAAACACGACAGCAUGGUAGCCUCGUUUGUUAGUUUGUGUGCCUCACAGGCAGUUCUGCAUCUGGCCCUUCCAUGUUCUGCCCAUGGAUUUAUUUUUCUAGGUAUUCGGGCUCCUUUCAACAUUCCAAAAAAAAAGUUUCAUUGAAGACUCGAAAUUGUCCAUUGGUGUGAGUGAUUGUUUUCCUAAAAUGUUCCCUUGCAAUUGGUUGGCAACAGGGCCGGGAUGUACAAUGGCCGAAAGUCAUCUGGAAUAGCUGCCAGCUAUAGUGAAGACAAUCAGUAUUGAUCUGUCAUCAAACUUUUUCCACCAAGGACCACCUAAAAAAUACUGCGAGUACCAUAAUCAAAUACAGUAUCACAAUAGGACUAUGUGGCUAUCAAAAACUAGAGAUAAUCCUGUGCAUUUGUGUUUGGGGACAGACAGCAUGAAAAAUAUGUAGAACAUUACACUCAUAGGCAGAAUGCAAAAGUUAUUCUCUUCCAUAGGCAAUAUUUAAUUAUUAAAUGAUCAUGUGGGAAAACUCUUGUAGAUGCAGAGAGGCAAGUACAGUCAUACAAAAAACUCUGUUUUGUAUCAUGUAAGCAAGAAUGCACAUGAUAGCUUUAGCUUUGAAUUGUCUGUGUCACAUGCACACUGUAAAGCACUUAGAAUGCGGUUUGUUUUCUUGUCCCCCUAUGAAGGUUGAAAUUUCUAAUAUAAUUUGCAAGGAAUUGUAUAUUUUCAUGGACAUGUUUUUGAAUUUACUCUUUUGUCCUAUCAUUCAUAUAUUGCACAAAAACUAUCAAUAUUGAUUGGUUUGCAGUGUAACCAUUUUGAGGUUGCCUCAUUUGCUCUUUGUCAUAAUUUAAAAGUAAUUUCAGGACUUACUGUAUUUCAUAGUCAGUUGUAGUUUAAGAUAGAAAACAUUGAUGUGUUCAAUUGAGUGAUUGUAUUUAAUAAAUUGUGCUGUAGGCCAAACUGAAA